AUGCUGAACGUCAAAAUUCCCCGCUCCAUGGAGCUGUCGAACAUCACCAACUGCCACCAGCUGAACGUGGUCGUCGGCCAGCUGGCCAACAGCACCGAUUCAAUUGUCGACAGCCAGGUAGUUGGUCUGGAGUCGGAGGCUAGUACGGCGAGAACAAACGCCGCUGAUGAUAGUGGAACUUCAACUGCCAAGAACAACGACGACGAAAGCUCUGGCCCGACAACAACACCAUCACCACCAUCCACCGAAGUGGUCACCACAACAGUGCCACCACCACCACCACCUUCAACAUCAUCAGCCGAGCUAUCAUCAACGACAUCAUCAUUAUCACCAGUGACCACCACUGCUACUAGUGCUGCACCAGAAACGACAGCGACGAGUGCACCGAGCACUGAAACUGUUUCGACUUCAACUGUCGCUUCGGUUGCUGGUGACAACAACAGUCAGUCGACCACUGUCAGCGCACCCGAAGAGCUCUCAACGCCCGAACAGAAACCGGUCGUGGGCGCCACAAAUUAA